GAAAUGUUGCUGUGGCUCAAUCUCAUGGAUCCAGACCUGGUCAAGCUAUGAUGCUGUGGUAGCGUCUUUAUGGGGAAAAUAUUUGGGCGCAUUAUGUUGAUGAGCUAGAACGUUUGAAUAAGGAUUUUAGGAAAAUGUUGAGUGAACACGCAGAAUUUGAGGCAAUAUCUUUGGAAGAUGUUGGUACUGCAUCUGAUGGAACUAAGAAGGAGCUUGCAGAUUUUAUUUAGGUUGGAUGAUGGACUGGUAAUUGAAACAGUCGUCAUAAAAGCUGCAGAUAUUAUGGUGCAUGAGCAGGAUCUUCAUUUUAGUCCUCGCAAUCUUCAUUUUAGUCCUCGCAAGGUCACUGUUUCUACAAGCGGGCUUGUCCCCCAGUUGAAACGUUUCCUUCAUGAAUCCAAUUGUGCUUUAGCUGUUAGUCUGAAUGCGACAGCUGAUGAGGUAAGAAACUGGAUCGUGCCAAUUAACCGGAAAUACAAUUUAGGCUUGCUUCUUGACACCCUUCGGAAGGAACUCCAAUCCAUAAAGAAUUGCGAAGUUUUGUUCGAGUAUGUGAUGCUUGCAGGAGUAAAUGACAGGAGACGGUGAGGGUAAAUGCUGGUUUUGGGACUGGAAGAGUUGUAAGGUUUUCAGGACAAGUGUCAUGAGGGUGUGUGCAUUGGGUGCCAUGAG